AAACACUAAAAUUUGGUGUUGAUGCUACUGUCGGAGUUGCCUUUUAAAGUUGAGUAGUGGACAAUGGACAACAGACACUAAUCAAUCAAAACAGAGAAAGAAGAUGAGUGGCUCUGAUGUUCCGUCUCAUAACUUAUUCGUUUACGGCAGCAUUCUUGAACCAGCUGCCGCCGCCGUGAUCCUUGACCGCCCCGCUGAUACCGUUCCCGCCCUUCUCCACGGCUAUCACAAGUAUAAACUCAAAGGACGUCCGUAUCCAUGUAUUGUCCCCUUUGAGUCUGGAAAAGUCAACGGCAAGGUAAUAACGGGAGUAUCCGAUGCUGAGCUAAACAAAUUCGAUGUGAUUGAAGGUAAUGAGUAUGAGAGAGUAACAGUUGAAGUUGUAAGGAUGGACAAUUCGGAGAAGAUGAAAGUGGAAACUUAUGUUUGGGUUAACAAAGAUGAUCCUAGUAUGUAUGGAGAAUGGGAUUAUGAGGAAUGGAGAAUGAUUCAUGCGGAUAAAUUCGUGGAGAUGUUUAGGGAAGUGUUGGAAUGGAACAAGAAUCCAAAUGGGAAGACUAGAGAGGAUAUCGUGAAAUCACUGUCUGAUGAUUGACGAUUCUUCAACAAUUAUGACAUAAGUGGUUGUUUACAAUUUGGCAGAAGAAGAGUAAGUAAAGAGUGUUUUUUUUUCUAAUAUAUAAUAUGUUUGUGUUUUGUGUGUUGCUAGAACUUAAAAUUGAUCUUCUAUUUGAAUUUGUUUGUGUUACUAUGGAAUCUUGUCUGCCAAGAGUUUUACUUAUACGUCAAAUGAUAUGAAGUAUUGUAGUUAAGAGUUUA